AUGAACCAGCCCCUGAUCCUGUCCUUUCUCCUGCUGGGGAUGGUUUCUGCUUUUCAUCUGGAGACUGCUCACCCUCAUCUGGAGACUCCCAAGAGAGAAGAAGACCUGCAGCAGGAAGCAGAUGGUUCGCGGAAGCAGUGGAGAGAGUUGGUUCUGACUCAAGAGAGAAUGCAGACAGAGGGAGAGGAGAUUGAGGGUUCUGAACAUCAAGACAUCUUUGAGGAUGAGGAGGCAAUGGAGUCAGAUUCAUAUGCCUUAGAUGAGGACUUGGCAUGCCCCAGGGAAGAGGACACAGCUCAUUUUCAUGAAACUCCCGAGUGUAAGAGCUGCCGCUAUGUGCUGGUGAGGACUCCCAAGACAUUUUAUAAGGCUCAGAGACUCUGCAGGAGAUGCUACCGAGGCAACCUUGCUUCCAUCCACGGCUACAGUUUCAACUCCCAAGUCCAGAGCUUGGCCAGGAAGAUCAACCAGUCCAUCAUCUGGAUUGGAGGCAUCCUCAGGGGCUGGUUCUUCUGGAAGAAGUUUUGCUGGACUGAUGGGAGCUGCUGGGAUUUUGGAUACUGGGCCCCAGGGCAGCCUGGGAACGGGAGAGGACACUGUGUAACUCUGUACACCAAAGGGGGCCAUUGGCGAAGAGCUUCAUGCAAAAGUCGCCUGCCUUUCAUCUGCUCCUUCUAA